AAAAAGUAGAGAAGAGCAGCGGGAGUAGAAAGGCCGUUACUCUCGCGAUCGCCGUCGGUAAAAGCGAUGAUUGUGUCUUCAUGUUAUACCCGAAGGAACGGAGUAAUACGUUCUGAGAAGAAGGAACGUGAAGUAUAGGGUGCAUAAAUCAGGACUCGUGCAGAAAUGAAGAUUCUGUCCGAGAAGAGGAAUAACGGCAGCGAGAGUGCAAAAUUUUACGUGACGUAAAGCUAUUUCGCUCAAUGACGCGGAAAAAGUGUGUCUGAUAAACAACGACCGGCCGUUAUCUCUUUUAUUCUAAAUCCAUUCUAUUUCCAUAUCUGUCGUCAAUGGUAAUAUAACGGAGUAUGUCAAGCACCAAUUCGUGUCGAGCAUCAACCAGAGCGGAGACGCGUGAUCGUGCUUAAUUAAUUAAUUUCGCUGCCUCGCGAGCUCAGUCCUAUCGUCUCGCACUCGACCAUGACCCAGAAUCCGCAAGAUUAAUUACUCUCGCGAGCCCAAUAAAAACGCUUCACUCUUUUCUAUUUUCAAUCAAUGGCACAAAUCUUGAUAUCUUCUCUACCUUUGAUUCUCAAAAUUAAUAUCGCUAUCGAAUCUUCAUCCCUCGGCAAUCCAUUCGCAUGUCAAUAUCCUUCGCUCCUAUUACACAGACUUGAUUUAAUGAAAUUCUUUAAAUCAUUCUUUUGAGAACUUUAAUUGAAUUGCACAUAAAUAUUAUGCGUGUAUAAAUCACGCAGCAGCGUAUUCUUGUAAUUUCCUUCGAGCUAUUAUCCGUCGGGCGGCAAUGUUCGGAUUGCAAUGAUAUGAAAAUACCGAGCUAUUAGAUGCGGCGGGAUAAAACGACGGUGGUAUCGAGAGUUUCGUUCGAUUGCGUAGAUAUUCAACGGCAGUGACGUAUUGUUGGGCGCCCGUAUUCGGACGGAAAAAAAAGAGAGGAAAAAAAGGAAACGAGCGUAGCGAAUAAAAGCGGAGAGGAGGUACAGCGGAGGUAUGUUGGAGAAGAUGAUGUCGAGACGGAUAACUGAUUGAAACGUGAGGAAAAAAUGACGACUAUCGAGGCCUUUAGUGAAAUGAGUGCGGUACGUCGGGCGGUAUGGUUCAGCGCCGUGUUAUUCGCAGCAACUCCCUUGGCCUAUACUCAAGUAACAUGGACGCCAAUCUACGUAGGAGGAUACAGUCAAGUUGAUCUCUGGACCCAAAGCACCACCGGCUGCGCCUGUACCUUCAAUGCAUCCAGCAACGAUUGCGCGUGUUGCGUACCAUCGGGUGGCUGCAGCUGCGGCGCAGCUUCGCCCGAUAGAUGCGCUCAAUGCGGACUGGAACAGCAUUGCGCAAAUAUGUGCAACAUAACGUUGGACAGCAGGCAGCUGUUCAGCAAAUCGGAUCGUGGCUUCGGGCAAAUAAAGUCGCCGUAUCUUCAAGGGCCCUCGAGGUGUACAUACAGAUUCGUGCCGGAUACUGGACAGCGGGUCGAGCUACAGAUAUAUCGACUGGUGUCCAUCGGUCGACACAACGGCACCGCGUGCGAGGGCGGCUGGCUUCAACUCGAGGGCAGUGCUCGCGUUUGCGGUCGGAACCAACGCUUCGACCGACCAGUCGUUCUCUUCUCGGACAAGCCGGUCGCAACUCUACAUAUGCAGUGA